AUGGCUGACAACAUCAAGGAUAUUCUUGCAGACGACAGUGUAACCGUCCAAGAUGCUGCGAAGAAAGUCACAAGCUCUUGCAUAACCGCAAUUGAGAAGAAUGAAGAUGCUUCCAAAGUCGAGGAUGAGUUGCAUGCCCUCUGGUCGGGCAUCCUCACCGCUGCCGAGCAGACCCCUCAUGAUCGGCAAGAUAAGCUAGUGCAAGUCAUGCAGGCGAUAAAGGAACUUGCACCCUCCGGCGACAAGGCCAAGAAGUUUGUUGUUUGGGGGGAGGAGACGCGCUGGGAUGCGCUGCCCUUGUUCGGCUCUACAGCACGAGAUGAACUCGACCGCGCACAAGAAGAUUCCGAAGAUGCUUGUGUUAACAUCAACGCAUUCUUCGCUCGUGUCACCGCUGCUGGAGUCGAUGACUUUACUCUCUACGCCAUCUGGACCUUGCGCGAGGCCAUUGAGGAUCCCGCUGCCGAUGAGAUCGCGCAAAAGACUUCACCCAAGCUAUUGAAAGCCGCUUCGGUCUGGUUCAUCUACGCUGGCGAUUCAUUGGCAACGGCGACCAAGGAAGGAAAGCAGUUCGAUGGAAAAAUGGCCAAGCCUGGUGCCAGUCUGCGCGAUGAGGCUGAAUGGAGAGGUUUUUGCGACGACAGAUGGAAGGCGUGGCAACAAAGGAUGUCAGCUCUCAAGGAUGCAGAUCUUCCUGAAGACACAAAGACAUUGAUAGAGAAGGCUUGUCAAGGCUUGAACUAG